CGCACGCGGAAGUGGAAUUAGAUUCAAUUUCCUUUUCCUUGAAAUUUUCAAAUGUUUCUUUGAGAUUAAUUUGCUGAGUACCCGUUACAACUUACAAUAGUACAUAAAUCAAGAAUGGAAGUUACAGAUAUUAGUGAUUUGCUUAAUGUGCGAACAAUUAAAAUGGAAAAUCCAUUUAACGAGGACUGUGUGGAAGUGGAUUCACCAGAUCCACUUUCAAUUAUACCACAAUAUGUCACAGAGUCAGAUUUAGGGCUAAUGCAAAGUGGUUCAGAAAUGCUUGAAGCGCCCAUGGCUGUAUUUGCAGAUAGUAUUGACGAGGACACAGUACAGAGCAAUGAAUCAUCAGAGGAAGUUAUAAUACAGUUAAUGGACAUAAGAACAAGACUUUCGAGAUUGAAGUCAAUGUUGGAGAAACGUUUGAACAUGGACCUAGCAGAAUAUACAUUUUGGCUGCAGGAUGCUAAAAUGUUGGAGAGUCACAAAACUCUAGUGGAGCAGUGCAUACGAGGUACCGGUGUGGUUCAAGUCAACAUCCAGAUACGAGUGGCCCAGAAAAAGAUUAACAUCUUAGAUGUCCUCAAACCUGAUGAAGAGCUGCUGCAUUUGCCACAAGAUGAAAAUGUUGAGGUGGAUGAUGUUACGGUGGAGUCGGCCGCGCCGGCGCCUGGCGUGCACGCCGCCGCCGUCAAGUGGGUCGUCGACACACAGUUCCGGAACCGGACGAAUAUGCCCGACGACCCCUUGAGUUGGUCGGUGCAGCACGUGAAGCUGUGGGUGCAGUGGGCGGUGCGGCAGUUCAACCUGACGGGGCUGCGCCUCUCCCAGUGGAACAUCAACGGCCCGCAGCUCUGCGCCAUGACCACGCAACAGUUCAGGGAGAAAGUACCAUCUGAUCCUGGUGACUUAUUCUGGACACAUUUUGAGUUGCUCAGGAAAUGCAAGUUUAUCGCCGUGCAGACAGCAGAGCCUGCCGUAAAAGACGUCCUGGACAUCACCUCAUGUGCAAUAAAGAAAAAACCCAAGAUAUCUGCGAUGACUGGCGCGGCGGAGGAGUGUGCGGUGGCGCGGUGCGGCAACAACGGCCAGGUGCAGCUGUGGCAGUUCCUGCUGGAGCUGCUCACCAGCGCCGAGUACUUCGACGUCAUACGGUGGCACGGUUCGGACGGCGAGUUUAAGCUGCUGGAGCCGGAGCGCGUGGCGCGGCUGUGGGGGCGGCGCAAGCACAAGCCCGCCAUGAACUACGAGAAGCUGUCGCGCGCGCUCAGAUACUACUACGACGGCGAUAUGAUCGCCAAGGUCGCCGGCAAGCGGUUCGUGUAUAAGUUCGUGUGCGACCUGCAGCAGCUGGUGGGGUACAGCGCGGCCGAGCUCGCUGACCUGGUGAAGGAGGUGCACGACGCCGGGGAUAUCUGACGUGACACGUCAUAACCACAGUAAACAGAACUAAGUGCCAGCGCACACGGCGAGUUGCGUUAUAUAAUAAA